GUGCGUUAGACUGGUCCUCCGCCGGCGACGGCACUGCGUCACUGGCUUGAAGGCGCUUUGCUCUUGGAACUGGCGACCGUUGCGGGGUUGAGUGUUUGACUCCCGCGCCUCGGAAGCCAGCUUGGCGGCGCGAUGAGGCGCAGCAAGGCCGACGUGGAGCGGUACAUCGCCUCGGUCCAGGGCUCUGCCCCGUCGCCUCGAGAGAAGUCAAUGAAAGGAUUCUAUUUUGCAAAGCUGUAUUAUGAAGCUAAAGAAUAUGAUCUUGCUAAAAAAUACAUAUGUACAUACAUUAAUGUGCAAGAGAGGGAUCCCAAAGCCCACAGAUUUCUAGGUCUUCUUUAUGAAUUGGAAGAAAACACAGAUAAAGCUGUUGAAUGUUACAGGCGUUCAGUGGAAUUAAACCCAACACAAAAAGAUCUUGUGUUGAAGAUUGCAGAAUUGCUUUGUAAAAAUGAUGUUACUGAUGGAAGAGCAAAAUACUGGGUUGAAAGAGCAGCUAAACUUUUCCCAGGAAGUCCUGCAGUUUAUAAACUAAAGGAACAGCUUUUAGAUUGUGAAGGUGAAGAUGGAUGGAAUAAACUUUUUGACUUGAUUCAGUCAGAACUUUAUGUAAGACCUGAUGACGUCCAUGUGAACAUUCGGCUAGUGGAGUUGUAUCGCUCAAAUAAAAGAUUGAAGGAUGCUGUGGCUCACUGCCAUGAGGCAGAGAGGAACAUAGCUUUGCGUUCAAGUUUAGAAUGGAAUUCAUGUGUUGUACAAACCCUUAAGGAAUAUCUGGAGUCUUUACAGUGUUUGGAGUCUGAUAAAAGUAACUGGCGAGCAACCAAUACAGACUUACUGCUGGCCUAUGCCAAUCUUAUGCUUCUUACGCUUUCCACUAGAGAUGUGCAGGAAAGUAGAGAAUUACUGGAAAGUUUUGAUAGUGCUCUUCAGUCUGUGAAAUCUUCGGUGAGUGGAAAUGAUGAACUAUCAGCUACUUUCUUAGAAAUGAAAGGACAUUUCUACAUGCAUGCUGGUUCUCUGCUUUUGAAGAUGGGUCAGCAUAGUGAUAUUCAAUGGCGAGCUCUUUCUGAACUGGCUGCAUUGUGCUAUCUUAUAGCAUUUCAGGUUCCAAGACCAAAGCUUAAAUUAAUAAAAGGAGAAGCUGGACAAAAUCUGCUGGAAAUGAUGGCCUGUGACCGUCUGAGCCAAUCAGGGCACAUGUUGCUAAACUUAAGUCGUGGCAAGCAAGAUUUUUUAAAAGAGGUUGUCGAAUCUUUUGCCAAUAAAAGCGGGCAAUCUGCUUUAUACGAUGCUCUGUUUUCUAGUCAGUCACCUAAGGAUAGAUCUUUUCUUGGUAGUGAUGAUAUUGGAAACAUUGAUGUACAAGAACCAGAGCUUGAAGAUUUGGCUAGAUACGAUGUUGGUGCUAUUCGAGCACAUAAUGGUAGUCUUCAGCACCUUACUUGGCUUGGCUUACAGUGGAAUUCGUUGCCUACCUUACCCGCAAUCCGAAAAUGGCUAAAACAGCUUUUUCAUCAUUUGCCCCAGGAAACCUCAAGGCUUGAAACGAAUGCACCUGAAUCAAUAUGUGUUUUAGAUCUUGAAGUAUUUCUACUUGGAGUAGUAUUUACCAGCCACUUACAAUUAAAGGAGAAAUGUAAUUCUCACCACAGCUCCUAUCAGCCAUUAUGCCUGCCCCUUCCUGUGUGUAAACAGCUUUGCACAGAAAGACAAAAGUCUUGGUGGGAUGCGGUUUGUACUCUGAUUCACAGAAAAGCAGUACCUGGAAACUCGGCAAAAUUACGACUUCUAGUUCAACAUGAAAUAAACACUCUAAGAGCCCAGGAAAAACAUGGCCUUCAACCCGCGCUACUUGUACAUUGGGCAAAAUGGCUUCAGAAAACGGGCAGUGGUCUUAAUUCCUUUUAUGAUCAACGAGAAUACAUAGGGAGAAGUGUUCAUUACUGGAAGAAAGUUUUGCCACUGUUGAAGAUAAUCAAAAAGAAGAGCAGUAUUCCUGAACCUAUUGAUCCUCUGUUUAAACAUUUUCAUAGUGUAGACAUACAGAUCAUAGGGCUGGGUGUGGUGGCUCACGCCUGUAAUCCAAGCACUUUGGAGGCCAAGGCGGGCGGAUCACCCCGAGGUCAGGAGUUCAAGACCAGCCUGAUGAACAUGGCGUCUGAAGUUGGUGAAUAUGAAGAAGACGCACACGUAACUUUUGCUAUAUUGGAUGCAGUAAAUGGAAAUAUAGAAGAUGCUAUGACUGCCUUUGAAUCUAUAAAAAGUGUUGUUUCUUAUUGGAAUCUUGCACUGAUUUUUCACAGGAAGGCAGAAGACAUUGAAAAUGAUGCCCUUUCUCCUGAAGAGCAAGAAGAAUGCAAAAAUUAUCUGAGGAAGACCAGGGACUACUUAAUAAAGAUUUUAGAUGACAGUGAUUCAAAUAUUUCAGUGGUCAAGAAAUUGCCUGUGCCCCUGGAGUCAGUAAAAGAAAUGCUUAAUUCAGUCAUGCAGGAACUCGAAGACUAUAGUGACGGAGGUCCUCUUUAUAAAAAUGGUUCUCUGCGAAAUGCAGAUUUAGAAAUAAAACAUUCUACACCGUCUCCUACCAAAUACUCACUAUCACCAAGUAAAAGUUACAAGUAUUCUCCCAAAACACCACCUCGAUGGGCAGAAGAUCAGAAUUCGUUACUGAAAAUGAUUUGCCAGCAAGUAGAGGCCAUUAAGAAAGAAAUGCAGGAGUUGAAACUACAUAGCAGUAACUCAGCAUCCCCUCAUCGUUGGCCCACAGAUAAUUACGGACCAGACUCAGUGCCUGAUGGAUAUCAGGGGUCACAGACAUUUCAUGGGGCUCCACUAACAGUUGCAACUACUGGCCCUUCUGUAUAUUAUAGUCAGUCACCAGCAUAUAAUUCUCAGUAUCUUCUCAGACCAGCAGCUAAUGUUACUCCUACAAAGGGUCCAGUCUAUGGCAUGAAUAGGCUUCCACCCCAACAGCAUAUUUAUGCGUAUUCGCAACAGAUGCACACACCACCAGUGCAAAGCUCAUCUGCUUGUAUGUUCUCUCAGGAGAUGUAUGGUCCUCCUGCAUUGCGUUUUGAGUCUCCUGCAACAGGAAUUCUGUCGCCCAGGAGUGAUGAUUACUUUAAUUACAAUGUUCAACAGACAAGCACAAAUCCACCUUUGCCAGAACCAGGAUAUUUCACAAAACCUCCAGUUGCAGCUCAUGCUUCAAGAUCUGCAGAAUCUAAGGUUAUAGAAUUUGGGAAAACUAAUUUUGUUCAGCCCAUGCCGGGUGAAGGAAUAAGGCCAUCUUUGACAACACCAGCACAUGCAACACAGCCAACUCCUUUUAAAUUUAACUCAAAUUUCAAAUCAAAUGAUGGUGACUUCACGUUUUCCUCACCACAGGUUGUGACACAGCCUCCUCCUGCAGCUUAUAGUAACAGUGAAAGCCUUUUGGGUCUCCUCACUUCAGAUAAACCUUUGCAAGGAGAUGGCUAUAGUGGACCCAAACCAAUUCCUGGUGGUCAAACCACUGGACCUCGAAAUACAUUCAAUUUUGGAAGCAAAAAUAAGUCUGGAAUUUCAUUUACAGAAAACAUGGGGCCAAAUCAGCAAAAGAAUUCUGUUUUUCGGCGAAGUGAUGAUAUGUUUACUUUUCAUGGUCCGGGGAAAUCAGUAUUUGGAACACCCACUGCAGAGAUAGCAAACAAGAAUCAUGAGGCAGAUGGAGGAAGUGCCCAUGGGGAUGAUGAUGAUGACGGUCCUCACUUUGAGCCUGUAGUACCUCUUCCUGAUAAGAUAGAAGUAAAAACUGGUGAGGAAGAUGAAGAAGAAUUCUUUUGCAACCGUGCGAAAUUGUUCCGUUUUGAUGGAGAAUCCAAAGAAUGGAAGGAACGUGGGAUUGGCAAUGUGAAAAUACUGAGGCAUAAAACAUCUGGUAAAAUUCGCCUUCUGAUGAGACGAGAGCAAGUAUUGAAAAUCUGUGCAAACCAUUACAUCAGUCCAGAUAUGAAGUUGACACCAAAUGCUGCAUCAGACAGAUCUUUUGUAUGGCAUGCCCUUGAUUAUGCAGAUGAGUUGCCAAAACCAGAACAACUUGCUAUUAGGUUUAAAACUCUUGAGGAAGCAGCACUUUUUAAGUGCAAGUUCGAAGAAGCCCAAAGCAUUUUGAAAGCCUCAGGAACAAAUGUAACCACAGCACCAAAUCAGGCUAUCAGAAUUGUAAAAGAACCCACAAGUUAUGAUACUAAGGAUAUUUGCAAAUCUGAUGCUGGAAACAUGAAUUUUGAAUUUCAAGUUGCAAAGAAAGAGGGGUCUUGGUGGCAUUGUAACAGCUGCUCAUUAAAGAAUGCUGCAACUGCAAAGAAAUGUGUAUCAUGCCAAAAUCUAAACCCAAGCAAUAAAGAGCUCCUUGGUCCACCAUUAGGUGAAACUGUUUUUACUCCUAAAACCGGCCCAGAGAAUGUUCAAGAUCGAUUUGCAUUGAUUACUUCAAAGAAAGAAAGUCACUGGGAUUGUAGUAUUUGUUUAGUAAGAAAUGAACCCACUGUAUCUAGGUGCAUUGCAUGUCAGAAUACAAAAUCUGCUAACAAAAGUGGAUCUUCAUUUGUUCAUCAAGCUUCCUUUAAAUUUGGCCAGGGAGAGCUUCCUAAGCCUGUUAACAGUGAUUUCAGAUCUGUUUUUUCUACAAAGGAAGGACAGUGGAAUUGCAGUGUAUGUUUGGUACAAAAUGAGGGGAGCGAUACAAAAUGUGCUGCUUGUCAGAAUCCAAGAAAACAGAAUCUACCUGCUACUUCUGUUUCAACAUCUGCUUCUUUUAAAUUUGGUACUUCAGAGACAAGUAAAACUCCAAAGAGUGGGUUUGAGGACAUGUUUGCUAAGAAGGAAGGACAGUGGGAUUGCAGUUCAUGCUUAGUGCGAAAUGAAGCAAAUGCUACAAGAUGUGUUGCUUGUCAGAAUCCAGGUAAACCAAGUUCAUCUACUUCUAUUCCAGCUCCUGCCUCUUUUAAGUUUGGUACUUCAGAGACAAGCAAGGCUCCAAAGAGCGGAUUUGAGGGAAUGUUCACUAAGAAGGAAGGACAGUGGGAUUGCCAUGUGUGCUCAGUAAGAAAUGAAGCCAGUGCUACUGAAUGUAUUGCUUGUCAGAAUCCAAGUAAACAAAAUCAACCUACUUCUGCAACUCCACCAGCCUCUUUGGAGACAAGCAGCGCUCUAACGAGCGGAUUUGAGGGAAUGUUCACUAUGAAGGAAGGACAGUGGGAUUGCAGUGUGUGUUUAGUAAGAAAUGAAGCCAGUGCUACCAAAUGUAUUGCUUGUGAGAAUCCAAGUAAACAAAACCAACCUACUUCUGCAACUCCAACACCUGCCUCUUUGGAGACAAGCAAGGCUCCAAAGAUUGGAUUUGAGAGCAUGUUCCUUAAGAAGGAAGGACAGUGGGAUUGCAGUGUGUGCUUAGUAAGAAAUGAAGACAGUGCUGCCAAAUGUAUUGCUUGUCAGAAUCCAAGUAAACAAAAUCAAACAACGAAUGCAAUUUCAACACCUGCCGCUUUGGAGACAAGCAGGGCUCCAAAGAGUGGAUUCGAAGGAAUGUUCAUCAAGAAAGAAGGACAGUGGGAUUGUAGCGUUUGUCAUGUACAAAAUGAGAAUGCUUCCUUAAAAUGUGUGGCUUGUGAUGCUUCUAAAUCAACUCAUAAACCUAUUGCAGAAGCUCCUUCUGCUUUCACAUUGGGCUCAGAGAUGAAGUUGCAUGACUCUUCUGGAAGUCAGGUGGGAAUAGGAUUUAAAAGUAAUUUCUCAGAAAAAGGUUUUAAAUUUGGCAGUAUAGAGCAAGGAUUCAAAUUUGGACAUGCAGAUCAAGAAAAUUCACCUUCGUUUAUGUUUCAGGGUUCUUCUAAUACAGAAGUUAAAUCAGCCAAAGAAGGAUUUUCCAUCCCUGUGUCUGCUGAUGGAUUUAAAUUUGGCAUUUUGGAAUCAGGAAAUCAAGAAAACAAAAGUGAAAAGCCUCUUGAAAAUGAUAGCGGCUGCCAGGCUCAGGAUAUUAGUGGCCAGAAGAAUGGUAGUGUGAUUUUUGGCCAAACAAGUAGUACUUUUACAUUUGCAGAUCUUGCAAAAUCAACUUCAGGAGAAGGAUUUCAGUUUGGCAAAAAAGACCCCAAUUUCAAGGAAUUUUCAGGUGCUGGAGAAAAAUUAUUCUCAUCACAGUGUGGUAAAAUGUCUGAUAAAGCAAACACUUCAGGUGACUUUGAGAAAGAUGAUGAUGCCUAUAAGACUGAAGAUAGCGAUGACAUUCAUUUUGAACCAGUAGUUCAAAUGCCUGAAAAAGUAGAACUUGUAACAGGAGAAGAAGAUGAAAAAGUUCUAUAUUCACAGCGGGUAAAACUAUUUAGAUUUGAUGCUGAGAUAAGUCAGUGGAAAGAAAGGGGCUUGGGGAAUUUAAAAAUUCUCAAAAAUGAAGUCAAUGGCAAACUAAGAAUGCUGAUGCGAAGAGAGCAAGUAUUAAAAGUGUGUGCUAAUCAUUGGAUAACAACUACGAUGAACCUGAAGCCUCUUUCUGGAUCAGAUAGAGCAUGGAUGUGGUUAGCCAGUGAUUUCUCUGAUGGUGAUGCCAAACUGGAGCAGUUGGCAGCAAAGUUUAAAACACCAGAGCUGGCUGAAGAAUUCAAGCAGAAAUUUGAGGAAUGCCAGCGGCUUCUAUUAGAUAUACCACUUCAAACUCCCCAUAAACUAGUAGAUACUGGCAGAGCUGCCAAGUUAAUACAGAGAGCUGAAGAAAUGAAGAGUGGACUGAAAGAUUUCAAAACAGUUUUGACAAAUGAUCAAACAAAAGUCACCGAGGAAGAGAAUACGAGUUUAGAUACAGGUGCAACCAGUACCUCAGACACAACAAUAAAACCCAAUCUUGAAAACACUGGGCCCACAUUAGAAUGGGAUAACUAUGAUUUAAGGGAAGACGCUUUGGAUGAUAGUGUUAGUAGUAGCUCAGUACAUGCUUCCCCAUUGGCCAGUAGCCCGGUGAGAAAAAAUCUCUUCCGCUUUGGUGAGUCAACAACAGGAUUUAACUUCAGUUUUAAAUCUGCUUUGAGUCCAUCUAAGUCUCCUGCCAAGUUGAAUCAGAGUGGGACUUCAGUUGGCACUGAUGAAGAAUCUGAUGUUACUCAAGAAGAAGAGAGAGAUGGACAGUACUUUGAACCUGUUGUUCCAUUACCUGAUCUAGUUGAAGUAUCCAGUGGUGAGGAAAAUGAGCAAGUUGUUUUUAGUCACAGGGCAAAACUCUACAGAUAUGAUAAAGAUGUUGGUCAAUGGAAAGAAAGGGGCAUUGGUGAUAUAAAAAUUUUACAGAAUUAUGAUAAUAAGCAAGUUCGUAUAGUGAUGAGAAGAGACCAGGUAUUAAAACUUUGUGCCAAUCACAGAAUAACUCCAGACAUGACCUUGCAAAAUAUGAAAGGGACAGAAAGAGUAUGGGUGUGGACUGCAUGUGAUUUUGCAGAUGGAGAAAGAAAAGUAGAGCUUUUAGCUGUCCGUUUUAAACUACAGGAUGUUGCAGACUCAUUUAAGAAAAUUUUUGAUGAAGCAAAAACAGCCCAAGAAAAAGAUUCUUUAAUAAUACCUCAUGUUUCUCGGUCAAGCACUCCCAGAGAGUCACCAUGUGGCAAAAUUGCUGUAGCUGUGUUAGAAGAAACCACAAGAGAGAGGACAGAUGUAAUUCAGGGUGAUGAUGUAGCAGAUGCAACUUCAGAAGUUGAAGUGUCUAGCACAUCUGAAACAACAACAAAAGCAGUGGUUUCUCCUCCAAAGUUCGUAUUUGGUUCAGAGUCUGUUAAAAGCAUUUUUAGUAGUGAAAAAUCAAAACCAUUUGCAUUUGGCAACAGUUCAGCCACUGGGUCUUUGUUUGGAUUUAGUUUUAAUGCACCUUUGAAAAGUAACAAUAGCGAAAAUAGUUCAGUAGCCCAGAGUGGACCUGAAAGAAAAGGACAACCUAACAAAUGUGAAUUGUCAAAGAACUCUGAUAUCAAACAGUCUUCAGAUAGCAAAGUCAAAAAUCUCUUUGCUUCCUUUCCAACGGAAGAAUCUUCAAUUAAUUCCACAUUUAAAAUACCAGAAAAGGGAUUUAAUUUUAGCCUUUUUAAAUCUAAUCCCAUGGCCUUUUGGACUAGCACCCCUCCCUCACAGCCUGAGAGCAAAGUAAAAGAGAAGAAAAAACCUGAAGAUCUUCCCUCAGAUGAUGAUGUUCUCAUUGUAUAUGAACUAACUCCAACUGCUGAGCAGAAAGCCCUUGCAACCAAACUUAAACUUCCUCCAACUUUCUUCUGCUACAAGAAUAGACCAGAUUAUGUUAGUGAAGAAGAGGAGGAUGAUGAAGAUUUCGAAACAGCUGUCAAGAAACUUAAUGGAAAACUGUAUUUGGAUGGCUCAGAAAAAUGUAGACCAUUGGAAGAAAAUACAGCAGAUAAUGAAAAAGAAUGUAUUAUUGUUUGGGAAAAGAAACCAACAGUUGAAGAGAAGGUAAAAGCAGAUAAGUUAAAACUUCCAUCUACAUUUUUUUGUGGAGUCUGUAGUGGUACUGAUGAAGACAAUGGAAAUGGGGAAGACUUUCAGUCAGAGCUUCAAAAAGUUCAGGAUGCUCAAAAAUCUCAGACAGAAGAAAUAACUAGCACAACUGACAGUGUAUAUAUAGGUGGGACUGACGUGACGGUACCUUCUUUCUGUAAAUCUGAAGAACCUGAUUCUAUUACCAAAUCCAUUAGUUCACCACCUACUUCCUCUGAAACUAUGGACAAACCUGUAGAUUUGUCAACUAGAAAGGAACUUGAUACAGAUUCUACAAGCCAAGGGGAAAGAAAAAUAGUUUCAUUUGGAUUUGGAAGUAGCACAGGGCUCUCAUUUGCAGACUUGGCUUCCAGUAAUUCUGGAGAUUUUGCUUUUGGUUCUAAGGAUAAAAAUUUCCAAUGGGAAAAUACUGGAGCGGCUGUGUUCGGAACACAAUCAGUUGGAACCCAUUCAACCGGUAAAGUUGGUGAAGAUGAAGAUGGUAGUGACGAAGAAGUAGUUCAUAAUGAAGAUAUUCAUUUUGAACCAAUAGUGUCACUACCAGAGGUCGAAGUAAAAUCUGGAGAAGAAGAUGAAGAAAUUUUGUUUAAAGAGAGAGCCAAACUUUAUAGAUGGGAUCGUGAUGUCAGUCAGUGGAAGGAGCGUGGUGUUGGAGAUAUAAAGAUUCUUUGGCAUACAAUGAAGAAUUAUUACCGUAUCCUAAUGAGAAGAGACCAGGUUUUUAAAGUGUGUGCAAACCAUGUUAUUACUAAAACAAUGGGAUUAAAACCCUUAAAUGUUUCAAAUAAUGCUUUAGUUUGGACUGCCUCAGAUUAUGCUGAUGGAGAAGCAAAAGUAGAACAGCUUGCAGUGAGAUUUAAAACUAAAGAAGUAGCUGAUUGUUUCAAGAAAACAUUUGAAGAAUGUCAAGAGAAUUUAUUGAAACUCCAGAAAGGACAUGUGUCACUGGCUGCAGAAUUAACAAAGGAGACCAAUCCUGUGGUAUUUUUUGAUGUUUGUGCAGACAGUGAACCUCUAGGACGGAUAACUAUGGAAUUAUUUUCGAACAUUGUUCCUCGGACUGCUGAGAACUUCAGAGCACUAUGCACUGGAGAGAAAGGCUUUGGUUUCAAGAAUUCCAUUUUUCACAGAGUAAUUCCAGAUUUUGUUUGCCAAGGAGGCGAUAUCACCAAACAUGAUGGAACAGGCGGACAGUCCAUUUAUGGAGACAAAUUUGAAGAUGAAAAUUUUGAUAUGAAACAUACUGGUCCUGGCCUACUAUCCAUGGCCAAUCGAGGCCAGAAUACCAAUAAUUCUCAAUUUUUUAUAACACUGAAUAAAGCAGAACAUUUGGACUUUAAGCAUGUAGUAUUCGGGUAUGUUAAGGAUGGCAUGGAUACUGUGAAAAAGAUCGAAUCAUUUGGUUCUCCCAAAGGGUCCGUUGGUCGAAGAAUAGCUAUCACAGAAUGUGGACAGAUAUAAAAUCGUUUUUCAUAGAAAAUUUUAUCUGUAUAAGCAGUCGAAGCUUAGCUAUUACAAUUUGGUAAUUAUGUUCAACUUUUGAAAAUGGACGUUUCUGAUAUACAAAUGUAAAAUUGCAGCUUAUAGCUGUUGUCAACUUUUUAAAUGUGUUAUAAUUGACCUUGCAUGGUGUGAAAUAAAAGUUUAAACACUGGUGUA